GAAAAGUUGUUUCGCCGAGCUCGCGGAAUUUAGAUUGUGGAAAAGCAAAAACAAAAACUAAAAAAAAAUUCACAAAAAGCAACAACCAGCUGAAAUCGUAUACUUAAUACGCGUGUGUGUAGCUCAAAAAAAAAAAACAAAAAACAAGAAAUAUAUAUAUAUAUAAAUAAACAAAACUACAUGCUACGUCAGAAGACUACAAACAAAAGAUAUGAACGCAGCGCUGACGUUGCCGCCAAGGUUCAAAUCGGAUAUUAAAUUUGUUUUGCGUGUUUUUUCAUUGUUUUUUCUUGUUUAUUUAUUUUAAUUUUUUUUUUCGGGUUUGUUGUGAUAAAAUUUUUGUAAAAAAAUUUUUACAUGUGUAGGAUUUGGUGUGAUUUUGAAUUCAAAGCGAUUUGCGUGCACCUUACAAGGUGCAGUUCUCCGCACUGCCGUGCGAGGCCCGAGAUCAGCGGUGCCUUGAGAUUGCCACUCUCGAAGUGAACGUUCCGAUGUGGAAACCUUAUACACAUGUCUAAUUACACAAGCUCCUGUCCAGAUCAGAUACAAAUUCAAAAAUUAUAAACAAAAUCAAAAAAAAAAAAAAAUAGCAACCCUCUGACCAUUGAAUUGGAAAAUUUUAAUGGUGAUACGAGUUGAAAGUUUAGGAAGACGCAGCUGAAUACCAGAUCAAGAUAAUGAGCCGACGACCACAGGGCUUCGUCUUGGACAACAAGUCCAUGGGCCUCUGCAAUCCCAGGCCACCGUCGCCUGGCGCGUCUCCCAAACCCAGUUGCAGCACCCUCGCCGGCAAGCAGCAGUGCCAGCCGUCGUGCCAGGAUACAGUCCAGUCUUCGGUGGCUAUCCCCGACGAAGGAUCAGCCGCCCAUGCCCAGUGCAAGGUUAGCAUGGAGCCCCUGUGCACGGAUCACUAUCGCUGCCUGCUGAAGAAAUUCCGGGACUCCUCUGGCGACUCCGACAAGGUGAACUUUGAGUUGAACAACAUAUUCCUCAAGAGAUUGGACGAGAUCGACAGCCUGGAGGAUCAGGGCGGAGAUGCAAUGCACAGUUCCCAGCUCCGUUUGGUAACUUACCAGGAGUGGGUGGACUUCUUGCUGAACGUGAACCAUGUCAUCCUGGGCAACAUGUCCGCCUUGGAGGACGAGGCCUAUGGCAAGAUCUUGACCUGCUUCCAGUCGGUUCAGGGCGAACAGCAACAGUCCCUGGAGGAGAACCGAAAGCUGCGGAAGGACAUCUGCGCAAUCAUCAAGCUGGUGCAGAAUGCCUACCAUCGGGGUUGCUGGCAAACGGAGGGCAUCACUCUGGAAACGCUGACCAUCAGGCAGCUUCUGGGCGUGGCCAAGGAUCAGCGCCUGCCAGAGAGCGAAAGCGAUAAGGUAUCCGAAUGCAUGAAGUCCUUGGUCAACGAGAUGGCCGCCAAACAUGACGAGGUCCAGCUCCUAAAGUCUCAACUCUGCGCCCUGGAUGAGGUGGUCCUGACUGCCAGGCAGAAGCUGCUCCUAAAGGACCAGUGUAUAGCUCAGUUAAAUCAACAGCUACAGGACAUUACACAGUGCUAUAACACCAUGACCGACGAAUCGACCACCAAGGAAUCACAGCCCGAAAAUGAAAAGAACCUGAGUUGUCCUCCGGGUGAACCCUCAUCCGACAGCGAUCCGAUGCCAAAGAAGAUGCUGAACAGCCUGGUCGUCCAUGACCGCGCCGAGUGUGAAAUGGUUCGAUUGCUCAACUCGGAGAUCAGCGAGCUCUUCCAGCUUCACAGCAAGCAGGAGUUCCAGGCCGUGGAGGAUCGUCAAAAAAAUUUGGCUGGCAUCAUGGAGGAGUUGAACUCUUAUCAUUUAGAUACGCAGAACAAACUCGAUAAUAUACGCAGCCAGUUGAGGAUUCUCCAUGAGGAUCUGGAUGAAUCCUACCUGGAAACCCGCAAAUCGGAAUGUGAGGCAGAUGAUCCAGACGCUGAGUUACUGGUUGCAGUGGCCAGAAAACUGUUGAAUUUGAGCAAUUGCAAUCGGGAGUUGCAAUCUAUGCUCAUGCGUAAGGACCUGGAUUGCAAAAUCAAAGUUACAGAGCUGCAGGCUGAGUUCGAGUCGGAAAGUCUCUUAAAUACGCGGAAUUGUGAAAUACUUAAGGAGAUAGCGGACCUCAUAUCUAAGCUGGGUUAUAAGGAAUUUUCAUAUAACGACAUCUACAGAGAAAACUGUACGGAUAACCCAUUCUGUACUGCCAUUAUGGAGAUGUUCGAUGAGAAGUCGGACCAGUCGGAAAAGGAGUUCGAGAGCCAGGUAGCUAACGAACGCUUGGUCUGCCAAAUCAAAAGCCUAACGGAUACUCUUAAGAAUCGCAAUGAACUAAUCAAUAAGUUGCAAUCUAUGAUCAAUAGUUACUCCGAUAUGAGUGAAAAUAGUCGCCUCAAAGAAGAGAAUCACGAGCUUAAAAUGAAAAAUAGUGAAAAUGCACGAAAAACGCGUGAAAUUGCUGAGCAGCUGAACGGCCAGGUCACUCAACGGGUGGAACUGCUCAACAAAUACGAAUCCCUUUCCGCCAGUUUCGAGGAACAAUGCCAGGAGCUGAAAGGAGCCAACCGCCGGGUGCAGAGUCUGCAGGCUCGACUCUGUCAGGUGGAGAAGCUGCAGGAAGAGCUAAAAACGGAGCGAAAAAUGUUACGGGAGGAGGUGAUUGCCUUGAAGGAGAAGGACGCUUGCAGCACGGGUCGUGAACGGGCCCUCCAAGAUCAGUUGAGAUGCAGUCAAAUAGAUCUCGACAAAAGCCGUUGCCUUAUCCGGAACAUGCAAUCUCAACUGCAGCAGCAGGAGCUUCUGCACCAGGAAUCCAUCCAGGAUCUGAAACAGGCCAACGAGAGUAUAAGGGAGCAGGUGAGAGGCAUGGGAGCCGAGUGCCAGCAGAUGCAGCAGCGCCUGAAACAGGAGGCGGACGUCAACCGGCAGCAGAAACAGAUCAUAGACACGUUCCGCAAGUGGAAGGAUGCCCAGGUCAGGGCCGACGACGUGAUGCGCGAGCGAAAUAAUCGGGCCGAGGAGCACAUCAACAUGCUGCUGGAGGAGAACCAAUCACUAGCUGAGGAAUAUCGCCUGCUUGUUAGGGACCACACUGUGCUCGAGACGGAGAUGGAUCGAGUUAAGCAGGCUGUAAACUAUUCGUCCUCGUCAAAAUUUGAAUGUCCCCCGGGUAUGGAGAGGAUCGAAGGAGGCAACGAUAUGGCCAGACGUUUGAGGAGCAUGAACGACACAUCCCAGCGCAUCUCAGACCAGUGCAAAACCCUGAAUACCAAUACCGAUAAGACAGCUCAAAUCACUGACAAAACCACAAGGGCCCAAGGUGGUGCAGGGAAGAGGGACAGUUUAAAUGCUCAACGUCCUUCGAGAUUUUCGAACAACCUGUUCCUGUAG